AUGAAGGAACAAGUUCAUGAGCAGGCGCCCAAGAAAAUCAAACAAAUCCAGUUUGGUGUUCUCUCGCCCCAGGAGAUCGUCAAUGUCUCCGAGUUUGAGGUCACCCAGCGUGAUCUUUACACCCUGGUGGAUCGUCAGCCCGUCAAAUAUGGAAUGCUCGAUUUGAGACUGGGUACAUCGGACAAGAUGGCGACGUGCGAGACGUGUGGAUUGAAGCAGCAGGAUUGUAUCGGACAUUUCGCACAUAUCAAACUGUGCCUGCCAGUCUUUCACAUCGGAUACUUCAGAGCAGCCAUUGUCAUUUUACAGAAUAUUUGCAAGACUUGCAGUAGAGUUUUGCUGUCAGAGAAGGAUCGCCGUACAUAUCUCAAGAGACUCCGCGCCCCCAACCUGGAGAACCUGUCAAGGAAGAGUGUUGUCAAGGCUGUGAAUGAGAAGUGCAAGAAGGUUGUGCACUGUCAGUACUGCGAAGGCACCAACGGAACGGUCAAGAAGGUUGGCGCUCUCAGGAUUGUUCACGAGAAGUUCAGGGCAAAGAAGGUCGCCGGCGAAUAUGAGCAGUUCAAGAACUCAUUCAGCAACGCCAUUGCUGCUGCUCCAGAGUUGAAGCCCCAUAUCGACAAAGCUCAAGAGGACAUGAACCCACUGAGGGUUCUUAAUCUUUUCAAAGCGAUCACGGACGAGGAUUGUGAACUUUUGGGAAUGAAUCCUGAUAUCGGCAGACCCGAGAUGUACCUUUGGCAGAAUAUUUCGGUCCCACCAGUCUGUAUUCGUCCCUCAGUUCAGCAGGAUGGUGCCAGUAACGAGGAUGAUAUCACAGUUAAGCUAACGGAGGUUAUCUUCACCAACGCCCACAUGCAAGCUGGCCUUAAUGAGGGUAUCGCUAUCCACAACUUGAUGGAACAAUGGGACUUUUUGCAACUUUCAGUCGCCAUGUACAUCAACAGUGAGCUUCCAGGAAUCUCCAACUUGCAGCCAGGAAAGCCAGUGCGUGGAUUUUGUCAGAGAUUGAAGGGCAAACAGGGUCGUUUCCGUGGAAACUUGUCAGGAAAGCGUGUGGAUUUCUCUGGACGUACCGUCAUUUCGCCCGAUCCCAACCUCCGCAUUGAUCAGGUCGCUGUUCCAGAGCUGGUCGCCAAGAACCUCACCUAUCCCGAACGUGUCACCAACCACAACAUCACCCGACUUCGCCAUGCCAUCACCAACGGAACGGAGAUCCACCCAGGAGCCAACUAUGUCACUCUGGGCACCAGCAACAUGAAAAAGUCACUCAAAUUCGGUAACAGAGCUCAGAUUGCUGCCGAGAUCCAGGUCGGCGAUCUUGUUGAGCGUCACUUGAACGACGGCGAUGUCGUCCUUUUCAACCGUCAGCCCUCUCUGCACAAGCUCUCUAUUAUGGCCCAUUACGCCAAGAUUCGACCAUGGCGUACCUUCCGUUUCAACGAGUGUGUCUGCAACCCCUACAAUGCCGAUUUUGACGGAGACGAGAUGAACUUGCACGUUCCACAGACGGAAGAGGCCAGGACGGAGGCGAUCGAGCUCAUGGGAGUUAAGAACAACUUGGUUACACCCAGAAACGGAACGCCUUUGAUUGCUGCCAUUCAGGAUUUUAUCACAGCCUCAUACCUCAUCACACAGAAGGAUCUCUUUUACGACCGCUCCCAGUUUGUCCAGAUCUGUUCGUACAUGGGCGACGCAGAGAUGAAGAUCGACAUUCCACCACCCGCCAUCUGGAAGCCAGCGCAGCGAUGGACCGGAAAGCAGAUCAUUGGUGUUCUCCUCAAGCCGACCAUGAAGUCCAACGUUCUCGUUAACCUGGAGUGCAAAACUCGUUCGUACGACAAGGUCAAGAGAUCCGUCAUGGAUAUGUGCAAGAACGAUGGCUAUCUCGUAAUCCACAACAGUGAAAUCAUGUGCGGAGCUUUGGACAAGUCGAUUGUUGGAGACGGAAACAAGAGUUCGCUGUUCUACAUUGUCAUGCGCGACUAUGGAUCGAUCGAGGCAGCCAAGUGUAUGAACCGACUUGCCAAGCUGUGCGCUCGUUGGUUGGGAACAGUGGGAUUCUCGAUCGGUAUCAACGAUGUCCAGCCCGGCGAGAUUUUGGCGUCCAAGAAAGAUGAACUCGUCAGGAACGCCUAUGCCCACUGCGACGACCUCAUUCGUCGCUCUCUGAACGGUCAGUUGGAGAACCAGCCCGGAUGCGAUAUUGAGCAGACGCUGGAGGCCCUGAUUUCUGGAGAGCUGUCUCAAGUUCGUGACAAGGUCGGAGAUAUCUGUUUGACAGAGCUCAACAAGUACAACUCGCCCCUUAUCAUGGCAACCUGUGGUUCCAAGGGUUCCAAGAUUAACGUAUCGCAGAUGGUUGCUUGUGUCGGACAGCAGAUUAUCAGUGGAAAGCGUAUCCCCAACGGUUUCCAGGACAGAUCUCUGCCACAUUUCUUGAAGAACUCCGUUACACCACCCGCCAAGGGUUUCGUCCGCAACAGUUUCUAUACUGGCUUGACCCCCACCGAGUUCCUGUUCCACGCUGUCUCUGGUCGUGAAGGUCUGGUCGAUACCGCUGUCAAGACCGCCGAAACCGGAUACAUGCAACGUCGUCUGAUGAAGGCUCUGGAGGAUUUGACUACCCACUACGAUCUCUCGGUCCGCAACUCUGUCGGUAACAUUAUCCAGUUUACUUACGGAAGUGACGGUCUCGACCCCGCUGUUCUCGAGGGCAACGGUACCCCAGUCUUGUUCGACCGCAACUUUGUCAGCACCCUUCACAUCCUCCCCGUCACCGCCGACGAUUCCCGUCUUUUGCCCUGGCAGAUUAUUGAGUAUGUCGAGAAGGUAGUCGCGUCCCCUCGCUGGUCCAAGAACUGUUCGAAGGAGUUUAUCGACUCGUUGAUGAUGUACGUCAAGGUUCACAUCGCCGGUAAGCUCAAGAACAUUCGUGAGGCGUACGAUAUGAUGUCGGGAGAACACAACCCAGGCGAGGAGUAUGAGGGCAUGGACAUUGACGAGGAUGAGCCUGAAGAGGUCAAGAAGGUCGUUAACAACAAGCUGUCGGUCACUGAGCGUCAGUUGGAGAGGUUCCUGUAUAUCUGCUGGGACAAGUUUAUGAAGGCCAAGAUCGAGCCCGCUUCUGCCGUUGGAGCUGUCGGUGCCCAGUCGAUCGGAGAACCCGGUACUCAGAUGACACUGAAGACUUUCCAUUUCGCCGGUGUCGCCUCGAUGAACAUUACACUGGGAGUGCCUCGUAUCAAGGAGAUUAUCAACGCCGCCAAGGCCAUCACCACGCCCAUUAUCACCACUCGUCUCGUCAACAACACGGAUGUCAAGUCGGCACGUAUCGUCAAGGGAAGAAUUGAGAAGACGAUGUUGGGUGACAUUGCCGAGUUUAUCGAUGAAGUCUACAAGCCCGAUGAGUGCUACAUUGGAGUGCGUCUGGAUAUGGAGGCUAUCCGCAGGUUGCAGCUGGAGACGGACUUGGAUGAGGUCGCCAAGGCCAUUGGAUUGGCGCCCAAGCUCAAGAUCGGAACCAACAAUGUGCAGAUCCACAAGCCCGACAGUCUGCGCGUCUAUGUGCAGGUUAAGGACCAGUCCAGGCUGUACUAUGCGAUCAAGCAGCUCAAGAGACAGCUCCCGGACAUUAUCAUCAAGGGUCUUCCCCAGGUCAACCGUGCUGUCAUCAACGAGAUCCAGGGAAGCGGUGGCAAGAAGGAGUUGCUUGUUGAGGGUUACGGUCUUCGCGAGCUGAUGAACACGGAGGGAGUUGUCGGUACACAGACGCGGUCGAACCACGUUAUGGAGGUGUGGAAGGUGCUCGGUAUUGAGGCAGCGCGUCGUACGAUUCUGGACGAGAUCAAGAGUGUCAUGGACUCUCACGGACUGACGAUCGACCCCCGCCACGUCAUGUUGCUCGGAGAUAUCAUGACGUCGAAGGGAGAGGUGUUGGGUAUUACCCGGUUCGGUAUUGCCAAGAUGAAGGACAGUGUGAUGAUGUUGGCAUCUUUCGAGAAGACGACGGAUCACUUGUUUGAGGCGUCGCUGUACUCGAAGAAGGACGCGAUCGAGGGAGUCUCGGAGUGUAUCAUCAUGGGUAUCCCGAUGUCGAUUGGAACGGGUCUGUUCAAGCUGAUCAAGCGGGACGAUGCCCAGGACCGUAUUCCUAUCCGCCGCAAGCUCCUCUUUGAUCCAUAG